AAUUAUAUAAAAUAUAAAACCCCUUUAAGUAAUAAAUUAGUUGCUAUCUUUGAUAUAAUUAUUGAACUCAAGGAUAUCAAUGAUAAUGGAUGUAAAUUUUUACCAUCUAAUGAACAAAUUAUUAGAAUACGUGAAGAUGCACCAGUGAAUGAUACACGUUUCAUAUUGAAUAUACCAUAUGAUCCAGAUGAUGUAUUAAAUGGGAAUUCAGUGAAAUUAGAUCGUAUUCGGAUAAAUACUGAUUCUAGUACAGUAACUAGUCAAAGUAUACAAAAUUAUUUUAAAUUACAUAGCCUUUCAUUAUCAAAAAAUGGUACCAUACCUAAUAUUUAUUUAGAAUUAGAACUUAUACAUAAGUUGGAUUAUGAAGAACAGAAAUUGUAUACAUUUCAAAUUAUAGCCGAUGAUGGUUAUUCAUUAACUAAUCAUCAAUGUUAUCUUAAUGUAACAAUAAUUGUAGAAGAUUGUAAUGAUCAUAUGCCAAGAUUUGAACAAUCUAUGUAUAUUGUAAAUAUAAGUGAAGAUACAUUAAUAGAUCAAAUUAUUAUAAAAUUGAAAGCUAUUGAUGAGGAUGAAUAUGAAAAUGGUAAAAUUAUUUACAGUUUUAAUUCUUAUACAGAUGAUAUUGAUGAAGAGAAAUUUUUUUAUAUUGAUUCAGAUACCGGUGAAAUUAAAUUACGGAAUCGUUUAGAUUAUCGACAAAAACCACAACAUGUUUUGAAAGUAUUCGCGAAAAAUCCAGAUAAUACUACGUCAAGACAUGUUAAAUCUUCUCAGAUUAUUUCAGAGUCAUCGAUAACACAGAUCAUUGUAAAUGUAAUAGAUGUAAAUGAUCAUUUUCCUCGUGUUCGAGUCCUAUCUCCUACUGGUUCAAAAGAUUUGGAAAUAAUUGAAGAAUCUCCUCCUGGGCAAGAUAUAGGAAUUGUGGAAGUUUCAGACGGAGAUACAGGAACAAAUGCUCUUGUGAACUGUAAAAUAAUUAAUCAAACUACAUCAGGUAUUCUACGUCUAAUUCCUAUCAAUAUUGAAGGUGUUCAUCUAGGUUUGACAAGCUCUAAUCAGAAAUAUAAAAUAACAGUGGAAAAAAGAAUAGAUAGAGAAGAAAAUGAUGUCAUAGAGUUUACUAUUCUGUGUCAUGAUGGUGGAAUUCCUUCGCUAACAACCACCCUUUCACAACGUAUAAAAAUUAUUGAUAUAAAUGAUCAUGAUCCAAUUUGUGAACAGAAUGUUUACAAUGUUGAAAUUAGUGAAGAUUCAAAUCCAGAAAGAAGUAAAUCAAACUUUGAAAUUAUAACUAUUCAUGCUACUGAUAAAGAUGAAGGUCAAAAUGCCAAAUUACAUUUUAGUCUUGAUCAUGAAACUCCACCUUUUCUUUUAAAUAUUAUCACAAUUGAUUCAAAUUCAGGUACUAUGAGUACUUUAGGAAAUUUAGAUCGUGAAAAAUUAAACGAAUUCACUGUGACUAUUAUCUGUUCAGAUUAUGGUGAAUCAGCAAGAACUGUUAGAAUUGUAGUUCAUGUCAAAGUUUUAGAUUACAAUGAUAAUCCUCCUUCCUAUUCUCAACCUUAUUAUCAAUUUGCACUUAAAGAAAAUAAUGCAAUAGGACAAUUAGUUGGUACAUUUUAUGUUACAGAUAAAGAUUUAGGUAAAAAUGCUGAAUUGGAAAUUUAUAUUGAAGAGAAUUUUGAACGACCUAAUAUGUACUUAACAACUUUAAAUAAGAAUCUGAAUAUCCCUAAUGAUAUGGAACAAUUAAGAUUUAAUUCAAGAGGUCUACUUUAUUCAUCUGGUUUACGACAAAGGAAGUACAUUGAAUCUAUAUCAAAAUUUAAAUUAACUUCAUAUCCUUUACAUACAAACUAUUAUAAUUCUUUUAAUACAAAUGAAACAUCAUAUGAAGUGAAAUUGUAUAUAGAAUCUAUCAUAGAUCGUGAAGAUCUUAUUAUGAAAAGUACUAGCUAUGUAUCUAAGGCUUUAUCCACUUAUCAACCAUUUGAAAAUGAAAGAAUAUCACAAUUCAUAAAUAAAACUAAUUAUUCCAUGUUAACACCAAUUCUUUUCCUUAUUGUUCAUGCAAAUGAUAAAGGGAUACCAAAAUUAUCGGAAAAUAUACAAAUACGUAUUCAAAUAUUAGAUCAUAAUGAUAAUUCACCACAUUUUAUAUUUCCUAAUUCAACUAAUUCAAAUAUAACUAAAAUUAGUUUAUCUUAUAAAGAACCAAAAGGAUAUAUAUUUACACAAAUACAAGCUGUUGACGAUGAUGCCGGCGAAAAUGGUACAGUCAUCUAUUUUAUACAAUCUGGAAAUGAUCAAAAUUAUUUUACAUUAGAUAAGAAUACUGGAACACUCAGUAUUAUUAAAGAAAUUCCAUAUACUGCAAUAGGUGAACUAAUUUUAAAAAUAGAAGCAAGAGAUUGUGGACAACCAUAUCAUUUUACUAAAACUGAUUUAAUUAUAGAAAUUGAUAAUUCCCCAUCAAAAGCUUAUCUUUCUAUGAAUCUUUAUCAUUUAAAUAAUAAUGAUAAUGAUGAUGAAUUCAGUAGUUAUGGGUCAAGUGGAUAUAAAUUAAAUUUUUAUAUUGUUAUAGCAAUUAUUGUAUCCUCUUGUAUUAUAUCAACUAUAUUAAUAUCUUCAGUAUUGAUAUUUCUACGACGUUCUAAAAGAAAUAAUGUACUUCAUGAUGUAAGUCAUAAAGUAGAUAAUAAUCAUACAAAUAAUCAUUGUACAACAACGAUGAUAAAUUCACCGUCAAAUUGGUCAAAAAUAGAUCAAUCACAAAAUUAUGAUUUUUCUAGACUAUCUAAUAGUUACCGAGUGGUUCAUUCAAUACCUGAUUGCUUAUCACAGUUUUCUAGUAUUGGAGGUCAAACAAGUUUAGAAUUAAUAAACUAUCCAAAUGGUAGACUAUUAUCAUCUCCUCACCAAGAUUCAAUGUUAGAUAAAUGUUCUAAUAGGAACAUAUCAACAGAAUAUUGGGAUUAUAAUAAUGAUAAUAAUAAUAAUCAAGGGGGUAUAAAUACAAUUAAUAUGAACCGACAUAAUGAUCUAAUGGAUCAUCAAAAGAUUGAAAUAUAUAUCCCUUCAUGUCAAUAUAUGAAAAUGAUGAAUCUAACAGAUGAGACAGAUUUAAAAUAUUCAUAUGAUGCAAGGUCAAACUAUUUUGAUGAAACACAACGAAAAUUUAGUUUAAAAGCUUAUCCGAAUGAUGGAACUAUUCAAUAAUCAACUAUGGAAAAUCCAAUUACCAUAAAACAUCAAUAUGGCUUUGCUUCAGAAAUAAAAUGUUUCAUUCUUUCAUGUAUAUACAAAUGUUCAUGUUAUCAAUGGUUAAUAACCUGAAAACAUAAAACAUAAUGUAAUUAUUUAAAUGAACACAUCUUAACACCAGAAGAAUAUGAAUUGAAUAGGUAUUUUAUUUGUUUAUCUAUACAGUAUUACUUUCUUCAUUCUAGACAAUCUUUAUCAAACUUCAUGCCAACAGAUAUAUCAAUCUCAGUGUAUUAUUUAUAUAUAAAGUCAUUAUAAAACUUAUCAGUGAUUUCUUGGAUGAUAUCAAAGACAUCACACUUAGAAACUCUUAAUAUACAUAACUGUAAAUAAUGAUACUAAGAAACCGCUGAAACUUUCGUUGUUCAUGUAUUCCCCAAUGUAUAUUGAAUUAAUUUUCUUAAAAUUACUUUUGAAAAAUACAUCAUAUUUCCUCUA